ACAUCUGGUGAAAUCAAGUGUGAGGACUUUUCAUGCAGUGCUGCCGAGAACUGCCAGCUCGAGAACGGUACACGUGGCUGCCAUCCCAAACAAUGUAGGAUGGAGACCGGAGGCUCCAUUACUCUUUUCAGUGGCACGACCGGCACUAUCCCUGUCAUGGGGGCUUAUGAGAUCAUCACACACUGCGACGAAUUGGCGGCUGACUGGUUCAGGGUUGUGGCCAAACUCCAAGAAUGCACUCCAACUGCCGUGAAGAGCGUUGUUGCUGUUUAUAUCUUCUUUAAUGACCUGAGUGUCACUGUUACUGACAAACAGGAGACCUGGGUCAAUGGUAAAAAGGUGACUCACUCCAACCUGCCUGGAAAUAAUAUCUUCAUGAGACGCACUGACAAAACCAUUGUUAUCGAGACGUCACACUUCGAGCUGUCUUACAGCAACACCCAGGAGCUCAUUGUAACUGUGAGUGACAACAUGGCAGGGAAGGUGUGCGGAGCAUGUGGCACACUCCUCCCCUUCAGAGACACCAAGGAUUUCUUGCAGGAAACAAUGCAGGAGUACAUGGGCUCGUAUUCUGCAGAUGACUUCCCUUCCUGUGAGUUGUGAAAGAAAGAUCAUCUUCUCAACACCCAGAGAUCAACUCAACAGUAUCAUAAGCUGCAGAAAAUUCCACAAUCAGUACUGAAAGCUUUACUUGAAAUAUGGUGUUAGUGUUUAUUACUGACCUUAAAGUCCCCCUCCGCAAAAAAAUAUGUUUUUCUUCUUGGAUGUUUGAGCUUCACUGUGCAGAGUCCAAAGGAUG